AUGCUGAAUGCAUUUGUUAAUUUGUUAGGCCUGAAUCGAAGUACACGGACAGAAUCCACAAGGAAAAGAGAACUGGAAGGAGCUCCUAUAUCAGUGGCCUUACACAUACAGUCGAGAGAUAUUUGUGUCAGGAUAGUUCAUCCUGGUGGAAGAGAGGAGCUGUAUCAAUCUGCAGUUCCUGCGUCUCAGUUAAUGGAAAAGUAUCCUGGAACAUGCGUUGCCCUUCCAGGAGUUUUCAAAAAUCCCCAGGAAUCUCUAUUAUGGCCAGAUGAAAAAUUGUUGCCUGGUCACAAAUAUCUUAUAAUUCCAUCCACCACCGCUCGGAAAUUGACUCGUAAACAAAUGGGAAGCGUAAAAGUAAAAGGAUUUGCAGAAGGUAAAAAUGAGAUAAUUGAUGCGAAUAUCACUUGGGAUGCGAGCAGAGAUAUUUCCGAGGAAUCUGUAGGUUCUGCGAAAGAUUUCUAUAUGUCCAAGGAUAGGUGGCCAAGAUAUAAAGCAAAGAGGACUGUCAAAGCAAAGAAGCCUUUUGUACCCCCACUUCCUAAGGCAAGGUCUUUCCGGGGAUUAAGCUGGGAACCCAGCUUGACUUCUGUACAAGAAGUGUCUCCAUGA